AUGCCUACCUCCACUUCUUACAGGCUCGCCAUAGGCCUCGCUGCCAUGAGCUCCCUGGCCGCAGCCGGUCCAUGCGAUAUCUACGGCCACGGCGAUACGCCCUGUGUCGCAGCCCACAGCUCCACUCGCGCUCUAUAUGAUGCCUAUAGUGGCCCGCUCUAUCAAGUCUCGCGAGCCUCAGACGGCACCACCGCUGAUAUUUCACCCGUGUCUGCCGGUUCAGUGGCGGAUGCCGCUGCCCAAGACAGUUUCUGCAACGGCACCGACUGCAGCGUGACGAUAAUUUACGACCAGACCGGCAAUGCCAAUCACCUCACUCAAGCACCCGCCGGAAGCGCAGCAGGUGGUCCAGACAAGCUGGCCAGCGCAACCGGCGCCCCCAUCACGCUAAACGGGAAAAAGGCCUACGGUAUCAAGAUCGAGCCUGGCAUGGGAUACCGCUGCAACACCGCUGUAAAGACGGCUACUGGCGACGGCGCAGAAGGCAUGUAUGCCGUCCUCGAUGGAACAGAUUAUAACGGACAAUGCUGUUUCGACUACGGCAACGCCGAGACAAACAGUGCCGACAAUGGUAACGCCCAUAUGGAGGCUAUUUACUUCGGACUCGGCACUGGAUAUGGCACCGGCACCGGAAGUGGACCCUGGAUCAUGGCCGAUAUUGAAAAUGGUAUAUCUGCCGGGAAUCAGUUCGACGUGACAUCAACUAACCCGUCAAUUACCUCGCGUUUUGUCACGGCUGUUGUGAAGGGGGAGCCAAACCAGUGGUCAAUCCGCGGUGGUGAUGCCACCACUGGCUCGCUUGGAACGUACUGGAGUGGGGAAUACCCGACUGGGUACAGCCCGAUGAAGAAAGAGGGUGCUAUUAUUUUGGGUAUCGGUGGUGAUAACAGCAACUGGGCCCAGGGCACUUUUUACGAAGGUGUUAUGACUUCGGGAUAUCCCUCGGAUAAUACCGAGAACUCGGUACAGGCCGAUAUUGUCGCCGCCAAAUACGCUACCUCCUAG